AUGGAGUCAACGCCCUUCAACCUCCUCCUCUUCCUCACACUCCUCUUCCACCGACAUACGCACUCAUCCGCCUCUACGCUCCCCAAAGAAGCUCUCCCUACAAAAUCCGGCUACCUCCCGGUCAAUUCCACCACCGGCUCAGCCAUUUUUUAUGCGUUCUAUGAAGCCCAAAAUCCUGAUGACACUUCUCUUUCUCAAACCCCACUUGUCAUUUGGCUUCAAGGUGGACCUGGUUGCUCCUCCAUGACCGGGAAUUUCUACGAACUUGGUCCAUGGCGACUAACACCUUCUCUGAAGCAAAACGUCGAACACCUUGAGCUCCAACCUAAUCCCGGUUCUUGGAACCGAAUAUUUGGACUUCUUUUUCUUGAUAAUCCGAUUGGAACCGGCUUUAGUAUCGCUUCAACACCGGAAGAGAUCCCAACAGACCAAGAAUCUGUAGCAAGGCAUCUGUUCAUUGCGAUCAGGAAGUUUAUUGCUUUAGACCCGUCGUUUAGAUAUCGUCCAAUUUACAUUACAGGUGAGAGUUACGCUGGAAAGUACGUGCCAUCAAUUGGGUACUACAUUCUUAAAAGAAACCCCCUUUUACCCCUUUCAAAACGAGUCAAUUUACAUGGAUUGGCAAUUGGAAAUGGGUUAACCGAUCCCGAAACCCAAGUGGGCACUCAUGCUCUGCAAAGUUACUAUCAUGGUUUAAUCAAUGAAAAACAGAAAACCCAAUUGGAGAGGCUUCAAUUCGAGGCUAUUCAGUUAACAAAAGCUGGUAACUGGAGUGAUGCUACUGAUGCAAGAAACAAUGUGUUCAGUUUUCUACAAAACGCCACCGGUUUAGCUACUUUGUUUGACUUCAGGAGGUAUCGUCCUUAUGAUUCGAUUUGGGUAGAAGAGUUCUUGAAGAACCCAGAGGUUAAAAAGGCAUUGGGAGUGGAUGAAUCUAUGGUUUUUGAGAAGUGUAGUAAGGUGGUUGGGGCAGCAUUGCAUUCAGAUGUGAUGAAAAGUGUGAGGUUCAAGGUGGAGUACCUUGUUAAGAACACUAAGUUAUUGCUGUUUCAAGGGCAGUGUGAUUUGAGAGAUGGGGUGUUUGCUGCUGAAUCUUGGAUGAAGAAGAUGAAAUGGGAGGGGCUUCAGAAGUUUUUGGAUGCAGAAAGAGAUAUCUGGUAUGUGAAUGGUGGUCUUGCAGGUUACGUGCAAAAGUCAGAUAAUUUGAGCCAUGUGGUGGUGUUAGCGGCUGGGCAUUUUGUGUCAACCGAUCAGGCUGUGAAUGCUCAAGCCAUGAUUGAAGAUUGGAUUCUUGAUAGAAGUUUGUUUGCCAAUAAGUACAUUCAAAAUCUUUUCAUGGAUCUUUAAAACUGUUGUCGUACAGAAUGUGAAAGGCUUGGAAUGACGCUCUUGAUCUAAAUCUAUUCACUUGCUGACUAUUAAUCAUAUGCUUUGAUCUUUAGAGUUGUACGUUAUCGUCUUUUCUUGUAUUAUGAAUGAACACUUGUUCGAUUAAUGCUCAUGAGGUCAAUAUGGGUUUGAGUCU